ACCGCUGCAUUUGGCAGUCUUCUCUGCAUCUUUUAAAGAGGGUUUUCUGUUCCUGCAGUCCUUUUACAAAUUUUGUUCCUUCGACUUUCUCCCUCACCCCCGCUUGGGUUUUUAGGAGGGCUUUGUUAAGACUUAGAGGGAAAAGAGACUGAGCGAGGGAAAGAGAGGCGAAGUGGGAAGGAGCACAAACUGGAACACUGCGCGCCCCGGUCCGUAGAGCCCUCUCUCCGCGGAGCAGCGCGCCCUCCGGAGCCCAGCUCGGACUGACCUCCUUGCGGCCACCAUGGUCGGAAGAGUGCAGCCGGAUCGGAAACAGUUGCCUCUGGUCCUACUGAGAUUGCUCUGCCUUCUCCCCACAGGACUGCCCGUUCGAAGCGUGGAUUUUAACCGAGGCACAGACAACAUCACCGUGAGGCAGGGGGACACGGCCAUCCUCAGAUGUGUUGUAGAAGACAAGAACUCGAAAGUGGCCUGGUUGAACCGUUCUGGCAUCAUUUUCGCUGGACAUGACAAAUGGUCUCUGGAUCCCCGGGUUGAGCUGGAGAAACGCCAUUCUCUGGAAUACAGCCUCCGAAUCCAGAAAGUGGAUGUCUAUGAUGAGGGUUCCUACACAUGCUCGGUUCAGACACAGCAUGAGCCCAAGACCUCCCAAGUUUACUUGAUCGUGCAAGUUCCACCAAAGAUCUCCAACAUCUCCUCGGAUGUCACUGUGAAUGAGGGCAGCAAUGUGACCCUGGUCUGCAUGGCCAAUGGCCGCCCUGAACCUGUCAUUACCUGGAGACACCUUACACCAACUGGCAGAGAAGUUGAAGGAGAAGAAGAAUAUCUGGAAAUCCUUGGCAUCACCAGGGAGCAGUCAGGCAAAUAUGAGUGCAAAGCAGCCAAUGAGGUCUCCUCAGCUGACGUCAAACAAGUCAAGGUCACUGUGAACUAUCCUCCCACUAUUACGGAGUCCAAGAGCAAUGAAGCCACCACAGGGCGACAAGCUUCACUCAAAUGUGAGGCCUCGGCAGUGCCUGCACCUGACUUUGAGUGGUACCGGGAUGACACCAGGAUAAACAGUGCUAAUGGCCUUGAGAUAAAGAGCACCGAGGGGCAGUCCUCCCUGACGGUGACCAAUGUCACUGAGGAGCACUAUGGCAACUAUACUUGCGUGGCUGCCAACAAGCUGGGGGUCACCAAUGCCAGCCUAGUCCUUUUCACUACAACUAGAGAGCUCACUCUGCCAAGAGACUGGGUUUCUGUGUCCAGAUGUAUUGGAAGCCUGAAGACCAGAGCGUGUUUUACCCACAAUCCCCCACCCCAUUCAAGAAAUUGGUACCACGGUGCACUUCAAACAAAAAGGACCUGGGUCAGUGAGAGGAAUAAACGGAUCCAUCAGUCUGGCUGUACCACUGUGGCUGCUGGCAGCAUCUCUGCUUUGCCUUCUCAGCAAAUGUUAAUAGGAUAAAAAUUUAAAAGUAAUUUAAAAAACACACAAAAAUGCGUCACACCGGAUACAGAGAGAGAGAAAGAGAGAGAGAGAGAGAGCGCGCGCAAGAUGGGGGGAGACUGUUUAUUUCACAACUUUGUGUGUUUAUAAAUGAAGGGGGAAAUAAAAAAUGAAGAAAAUCCAACAUUUUAAACAAUUUUAAAGUCCAUCAGUAAAAAAUUGAGCACAAUUCAGGGUGGGAAAUGAAAUGUUCUACCAUGAUAUGUGUAUACCUACUAAGCAAAUGAAUGCUGUAUAAAGACUGCAUCAUGCCAAGGACAUCUGGAAAUUGAACAAAUAAGACAAAAAAGAACUACAUGGAAUUAACUCCCCCCCCCACACACACACAAUUUAUCCUUCCUCCUUCAUCCGUUUUCAUCUGUGGGGAAAAAUAUAAGGUCUUGCCUUUAGUGUUUAUAUUUCCAUAAUCUCUUUAUUCUUUCUCAUUUGAGCUGACUUGUAGCCAUUUCAGACCAUCAGUGGAAUCUUGUGUUGAGCCUUUAUCAGACUACCCUGCCUCCACUCUCUCCAACUUUGAGAUCCCCCCUCUACUUCCAGUGUGUUCUAUCUUCCCACACCCACACUGAAGAUUUCCUUUCAUCCAGCCAUCCCACCUCUCUUCACCCCACCACCCUCCAGAGCAUUUGUCAGGCCGCAGAUGCUAGGAAGUGCCAUUUUAAUUUUUUUCACUGUGCGUGUGUGCUCAAGUCUCUCGCUCUCACAGGAGUGUACAUGCGUGUGAGUCUGUGUGUCUCUCUCUAAAGCAUGCCAAGGGAAUGGUCCAUGUGUACAUAGACUCAUUGUGCUGUAGAUACUGUCCUGCAUUGUAAUUGUGAAACGCGGCUGUAACGAGUUGCUGGGGGAAGAUGGCUGGGAGGGAGGUAAGGAGCAGAGUCCCUCCUCCAUUCAUGGCUGUCACAUGACAUCAGUGUGUACUCAAACCAGGCUGUCCCCUCUUUCAAGGGCAGGACCCCAUAUUCCUCCUAGUCCCAUCUUCAGAACCCAGUAAGGAGUCACUCAGAAUAUCACUGUCAAUGAAAGUGCCUACUAUUGAUGGGAUGAGUGAACAGUGGAACAGAUCACUGACAUGCUAAAAUUACCUAGGAGAGAAGGUUUCAGAUUUCACUUAUUUCAUGAGUCUGAGGGAGUCAUACAUUUCCUGACUUUUUACAGGCUUGGGCCUUGCUUCACUGCAAAAGUAAAUAGCAUAGACUGAGCAAGAACCCAGAAACAGGAGUGUUCAAGUGUUAGCUCCAUGAGAAGAAUGAUGAGGCACAUGGAGAUACUAAGAAGCCCUGUUUUGCCUUCUCCUUUAUCUUCAAAUAACACUGCACUUGCCCCAUAGAUUUCCCUGAGCAGAGAUUGUUUCCCCUUUCCGACAAAAUACAGUAAGUGUGAGCAAGACAGGAAAAGUAGACAAAUGCCCAAGUCCUUCCCCACAUUCUGCAGCUACUGUUAGAGCUCUAAUAUGAAGCACUGAGCAUAAGGAAAAAGAAUGCCCUUCUGAUGCCCCUUUGCAGAUUUUUGCCGUGGUGGUCUAGCUAGUACCACAUUUGACUGCGUACAUGACCCGUCUGUUCCACUGAUGAUGUCUGCACCACCACUGUUCACAGGCUCCAUCAGUAUCCUAGGCCAGGCCACUCAGAAUUGCAUUAUAGCCACAUCCUUUGCUCUUUUUAAAUUUGCAUCUGUACACGUCAUCUUGACAUUAACACAGAAAUGUAAGCUAACUCCUUAACCAAGAGAUCCGGGUCACUUGUAAUUAAUUUAGGCAGAAGUUAUAUGAGAACCACAAAUGUUAGUAUCACCACAUAACCUAAAAAGCUUUCUUAGGAAAGAUUUUGCAGAGAGAGCUGGCUCUGCAUGUAGAUAUCUUUGUCAAAAAACUGACCAUUGCUUAUAAUUAGACUAUAGGAGGCAUUGGAAGUGGUUCAGCUUAUGAAUGGACAAGGGAGCACAGUUGAGGCCAUAAAUGAAUACAAUCCCACGGAGCCAAAUAUGGUAGCUCAUCAAGUGUUUGAACCUUGAAAAUAGCUAUCACAUGAUAUAAAAUGAGAAAUUCAUAAUUGGAAGAAAGGAAGAAAAGAAAUGAAGAAAGGGAAGAAAAAAGGAUGGAAGGAAGGAAGGAAGGAAGAGAGGAAAGGAAGAAAAAAAAUACAAGCAGUAUUUUAAAUCUCUUCUAGGGGAUUCUUUGUUUCUUUUAUAAAUUUAUCAUGUUUCUUUUGUAAUUCUGCAGUUUAGUCAGGAAAGAGAGGAAAAUUUGGACUUUGGGAUGAAUAAGAGUAUUCAAGGCAGAUUCUGGGACAGGACAGAAAUUUUUAUCCGAGAAGGUAGCUAGGAAAAUAGAAGGCGAGCCAUAUUCCUAUGCAUCAUAACUUAUUGACAAUCAGGCAUUUCUCUAACAGUUUGGUCUUCUUAAUAUAGAAAAAAGUGAUUAUUACUUUUAAUGACAUACAUUCCCCAUAUGUUGAAGAGUCAGUCACACCUUUAAGUGGAAACUUUUUGAGAGAGUUCAUAAUAAUUUAAAGAUGCAGGGAGAGAAAAGGAGCAGGAGUUAAUUCUGAUAUCCAUUAGUGUCACUUUCAGGAACAGAUGCCUGUGGCAUGUCACAGGCUUCAUUCACACACCUGGCCUUCUUAUCCUCUCCACCCUAUCAUAAAGAAAAGGUCUUGGUUUUAUGGGAGAAGUGUCUCCAUUGAAAGGAAUGUCUUGGCCAUGUCAGUAUCAUUUGUUAUCUUGAUUUUAAUAUAAUGGACCAUAUAUUAAACAUAAUUAAACAAAUAUUUAAAAAUCUGGUGUUUGCCUAUAUCUUGCAAGAUUUGUGAUUUUUAAAAAUGUGCUUCUUGCUCUUGUUUCAGAGACCAUAUUUGCUCUAGAAAUCUCAUAGGGUAGGAAAUGUUUCUAUGCUUUGUGGGGAAUGGAAGUCAUUGUGAUUUGGAGAAAAGUUGAGAAUAAAUGUUGACUUAAAGUACUAACACCAAGAAACUAUCAAGUCUCAAUAUGAGACUUUUAAAAUCGAAUUCAUUAUAUUAUUAUAAAUCUCUUCAGGAAUCUUGUAUAUUGCAAUCACAGCACUAAAAAUCACCAACUUUGUGGAAAUAAUGUACUGAGAGAAGUGCAAUGUAUCAAAUAAUCUGAAUGGCUAAUACAUCUUAUACCCAAUGUAUACAAAAUGAAACUCCCAUUCCUAAAACAAAAUCUUUAGCCCUAACUUUCAGUCAAGAAAAGAGGAAGUGGCCUUGACCUGGGGCACUUCCAGAAGAAUGAAAACUCUCAUAGGUUUUACAACUAUAGGGUUUUAAUUAUACUCUUUGUGCAAUAUGCAUUGAAAGGUCUUUGCCUUAUUGGAGGAACAGCUUUUCUCAUUUUAAGACAUAAAAUCCCUCUAUUCUAAAAGAAUUACAGCUUAUGGGAGAGUAGCUAUAUUUUCUGUUGGGAAGGAUUCUUACAGGCCUUUGCUUCUCUUUCAGGUCAGACAGACUUCUCCCUGGCCAUGGGCUUGGUUUUUACUAUGUAAUCAGACAAGUGGGGUUAUAAUAGAGACCUUCUAAAAGUACUCGUGAUUUUCAUCUUCUUGGAGGACAGAAACAAAAAUUUGUUUCACCUCUGAAAAUCAACUUACCUCCUUUGCACAUGAAACUAGCACUUCUUGGCAUGAAAUUGUUUCAGUUAUUAUCUACAGAGCUCUUACUCUAGAGUCACCUUCAUCCCUGAGUUGGUCAUGGUUUGACUGUUUCUAAGGCUAGUCUCCUUGAAUUUCUCAUUUUGUUUUUUGCAGGCUUUGAAUUAUUUCCAGAAACAAUAAUAUAUGUGUGGUUUUUAAAUUAAUUAUAUUGGUACAUUUAAGGUAUACACUAUAAUGACAUUCAUCAUUGGAAAUUUGCACCUUUACAUAAUCCAUCUUGGUUCUUAUGUGUGUGUUUUUUAAUCUUUACAGAUGCUGUAUUUACAAUAAUAUAUGUAUUAUAAGAAAAAUUUAGUAUAACAUUUUAAACUUAAAUGGAAGAAGAGUAAUGAAUUUGGUUUAUUUAAAAAAAAAAGAGCUAUAUUUCUUUUAGAAAUAUGUGAAGCCCCAUUUUGCCCACUUUGUAACUAUUUGCUUAAAAGAAGUUUGUUUAUGGACACGUACUUUGAGAAUAACCAUGUCCUAAUUUUUUUCUUCAUCAUCAUAAACAUUUAGCCUGGAUUUAGUUUUGCUUCCCAAUAACUAUUAGUUUUUAUAGCAGUGUAAGUGCAAUGCUAUAUCAGAUGUAAAAAAAAAUUAUAAAAACUUUAAAGACAAAUGAACAUACUACAAAAAUAGUGAGAUAAGUCCUUGAGUUCAGAAAGAAACACAAAUCCAGUUUAGGAAGUCUCCUUUCUUAAGUACUUAAAAUAUUUCUCCUCCAGAAACUGUAUUUGUCCCAGUGAUGUAAAUUUUCCAUCAUGGUUGACACAGUAUCUGUAAACACCUCACUAAAUGCAAAAUGGAGUUUACAUUUACGUGCAUACCAGUGGGAAGAGAAGUAAACUAUUAUCAUUUGCAUUUAGGUAUGUUGUUUAAAUGUCCCCAAAUGAAAGUCGAGAAAGAAUUUGUUUUCACUCAGCAAUGUACAUCACUUGGCAAGGAAGCUAGUGUUAACAUUAGGUUUAGGUUUAACAUUUACAGCCGUGGAAUGUUUAUGGAUAUUGUGGAAAACUUAUUUAAAAAUCUUGAUUUCUUUUCAGCACAUUUACAUAUUCUGUGCUGAUUAAUAAAUUAGACACCAAUCAUGUGUAAAUCAAUGUAAAUGCCUAGUUUAUGUACAUAAUAAAAACUAUGUAAACUUCAUUUUUCAUGCAGGGCCCAAGUUCAGCUAAACCUGUAAAUCUUAAAGAAAAAAAUUCAAAUAAAAAUAAAGAACCAAAGUAUUGCACAGGUCAAAAUGGAAAGAAGUAGGACUAAAGGCUGUGUAAGGUUGCCUCAGCCAAAGGAAGCAGUCCCUCAGCUAUACUUUCAGUUUCACAACCUGCUCAAGUCACAAGUGCACUUUGAUCCUUCAGGACUUGAGUGGAAAUUCUCCCAAAUUUUGCCUGUCCCAAAACAAGGGGAAUAAAGAGAUAGAGAGGAAUAGUUUGAAGGCUCUGUACCUGUUGUAUCAGCUACCAGGUGUCUUGUUAUUUCUUCCUCACCAUCUAAGACAUCUCAUUUAAAUAGCUGGAAGGAAGUUACCUACACCCUGAUGAGGAAAACAUUACUCGGCUUUUGUUUUCCACUCAACAAAAGCAUUGGGAAAGCUUGUCAUCUUCAUUCUAAUAAAUUGUGGGAUAUAAGAAAUAUGUUAUAUCCUUGAGAAUUAUCUUGCUGUGUUACCUUAGAAAACAAUUUAAAGUAAAAGCAAAGAAAGUAGUUUUUACUUGAUUUGUGUUUAUACCGAAUUUUACAAAUCAAGGACAGAAUCAUUUCAAUUGGAAGAACCUUGAGCAUGAUGUCUUAGAGUCUUUUUGAAGUGCCUGUUGUGUUUAACACAUAUAUCAAAUGUCACCAACUGAAACUCAAGAAAGAAUUUGUUUUCAUUCCAGCAAUCUAUAUCUCUGUAUCUCUGUAUCUCUUUUCUUUCAGCAAGGAAGAUGUAUUUAUUUCCCUAUUAUCUGAACAACUGGUACAGAGUCAUCAAAGACAUGACUUUCAAGGAUGGAUGUUUUACAAAGACUGUUCUAGAAAGAAAUUCAGGUCACAUUAACAUGAGACUUAAAAUUGUGCUCCUUCAUCUAAGAUAAAGACACUUUAAAGUGAAGUGGAAGUUGUAUUUGACUGGAAGUCAUGAAAACUUGAUUGUAAUCCUUCCCCUGGACACAACAUCUAUAUGACAUUGGCAAACCACUUAAACUUCCUGAUUCUUGGUUUCCUCAUCCUGAAAGUGAGGAAUUUGGAUGACAUUUUUUUAACCUCUUUCACGUCUUAACUCUCUGAUUCUAAAUAAGAAGUGAAUGUUCACUUAGUACUGUGCCUGCCUCAUUAUCGAAAGCAGCUCUUUGUCAUCUCUAGUUUGUUUUCAGAAUCAUCAUUCUAUCAUCUCUAUUUCAAAAGCUGAAACUUCCUAGAAUACAGGGCCUUUGGACUGAUUCUAUAAUUCUCUUCUACAAAAACUUACUAGCAAUGCAGAAAAAGGGGCACCCUGAGAUUAUACUGAGGUUAUUGAAAUAGCUGGGGUUAUUUUUUGUUCAUAAUAUUAUAAAAUCUAACUCUUGAACUAACUCCGAAUAACCUUUCAUAGGAAGGAAAAUAGCCAGAUUGGGCAUUAAGCUUGUAAAAAAUGAGGAAGUUGUGCAUAUGAAAGGAAACAGUUUUUUCUCAUCCAGGGCUGACUGCCUCAUUCUAGUAAAUGUGUGUCCUUGGCUUGAGCUAAUGGCUAUAUCAUGUGGUCCCAGGCAAGUUCAAAUGGGUAAUCUGUGAGAAACAGGCAAGACAAUAUAUUUUGUUUGAGAGAGAUAUAUUUCCUUGACUUAUAGGGUAUGAAAUCAAGCAAAUAAAUGUACAAUAAAACAGGCUUCAAUUUUUUUCAAGAGUCUAACUCUAUAAUAUUUGAAUAAGUGGAAAAUAUGACAAAUAUACAUUUUAGGUGAUGACAGUUGCACACUAAGAAUUAUUGUGAAAGCCAAAAUGAAAUGUGAAAGUUAAGUUCUCUGAGAAGAGUUUUAAGCAAGAAAGAUGAUUUCUGAAGUAGUUAAUGAGGAAUUAUUUUCUUCUGCCUUGCUCUGGAUGGACUGAGGACAAGUCCACUCUCUUAGAGGCUCAUCUUAGCGUUUGUCCAAUUUCCUUUAUUGCCUCAAAGGACAGAAGGAAUGUGAGAGUCCCAGACACUGAAGAGCAGAGUAUUUAUAAUUUCCCAGCUUUAGCAUUACUCUGUGUAAUAAGGGUAAACAAAGGGCUCAGAGUACUUAUGAAGCCCUUUUUGAGUGAGUGAGGACCUGUCUACUGAAAAACUCACACUUCCAUGUUGUUUCAGAGGUACUUGUUUUAGGCGGUGCUCCCGAAUCUACUCCUACAGCUACUUCUCUGCAAAAGCCUUCUCUCUGUAAAACCAGUCACAGUAAAUACCUGCUUCUUCGCAAAUGAAGAAAACACAAGGAACUACUAGCUUCAUGGCACGCAGCAGCAAUCCUAAGCUACCAAGGAGCCUUUUCUAAACCCACUUUGCUAAGUCUUUGCUCUUCACCAGGAAAUGUAAAAGACUUGUCCUGGUGAAUCGUGGGCAGGUUCUGCUCUCUAAGUAUUUACCGGGAGGGGGAGGCUCGAGGGAGGACGUGACUGGGGAGGGAAGCAGGGGAGAACAGCUCCUACCUCUUACCCACCACCGCUUUGCCCACCUUCUCACUGCUCAACAGAAGGUGUACAAAUCCUGCUCCUGGUUAGAAUUCUCCGUAUUAACAGUGUUAUAUACGUAUAAAUAUAUAUAUAAAUACACUCCUUUUUUUAGCCCUGUAGACAUGAACUGAUCUUCCCUUGAUGAUAUAAAUUCAUGGCCAUUAUUUGGGUUGGUUUUUCUGUUGCACAACGUAUUUUGUUUUUCUUUAUUGGGUGGAUUUUUUUGCCCCCUGGGUCCUAGCUCUGUGAAGGAAAAUAAAAAGCGCAGUGUGUGUACAAAGAAAAAUAAAAUUAAGAAAAGCUUAUUUUCUUUUCCCUUUAAAUGUAUUUAAAUUCUGUUUCUCUCUUCUGUUAUUUUACACGUAUGAAUGCUCUGCUCUUCUGUGAUCUUAAAACAAAAUGAAAUAAAUGUGAAAA